GUUCGUAUGAACCCUCGGAGCAGCAGCAUCGCCCCCACACUGUGAAUAAGAGUCGGAAGCAAUUGCAACGAGAAAAAGCCCUCCAGCAGCAAUGUCAGAAGCUGGGACUGCAGGGUGGAGCAGCCUCUGUUCCUCCUGAGCAGUUGCUUUCUGUACCAAAACACAAGCCUUGUCAUCUUCAGCAGCCUGUGCCACCACCUCAAGCAGGAAAUCAAAGGCAAAGUGACAACCAAGACCAGCAGAAGGAAGUGACACCAGUAGAUCCCUGUAAUGGCAGUGACAAUGCCCAGACCUGCCCUGCAAAGCCAAACUCUAAAGUGGAGAAAAAGAAAGUGGAAUUGCAGGAGAAAUCACGAUGGGAAAUCCUCCAGCAAGAGCAACGGCUGAUAGAAGAGAAGAAUAAACGCAAGAAGGCACUCCUGGCCAAAGCUAUUGCUGAGAGAUCCAAAAGAACUCAAGCUGAAACAGUAAAACUAAAAAGGAUUCAGAAGGAGUUGCAAGCUCUGGAUGACAUGGUAUCUGCUGACAUUGGCAUCCUGCGGAACCGCAUCGAUCAGGCCAGCUUGGACUACUCCUAUGCCCGGAAGCGGUAUGAUAAGGCCGAGUCGGAGUACGUGGCAGCCAAGCUGGACCUCCAACACAAGACAGAGAUCAAGGAGCACCUCACGGAGCACCUGUGCACGAUCAUACAGCAGAACGAACUCCGCAAGGCCAGGAAGCUGGAGGAGUUAAUGCAGCAGCUGGAAGUGGAGGCAGAUGAGGAAAAGCUGGAACUUGAGAUAGAGGUGGAGCGGAUGCUGCAGCAGCAGGAGGCAGAAGCAGGGAGACAAGCCAGCCAGUCACACAGUCAUGCUGGGACAGCUAAGGAAAACCCCACUCCCAGUGUUACGGCGCGGGAGAGUGAGCAUGCUAACCAUGUUGUUGCUUCUCCUGCUAUUUCUGAACAGUUGGUUCAGUCUCAAAACUCCGGUACCAAAUCCCUCUCCAAUGUGGACAGCCAAACUCAAGCAGUGAAUGUGACUCCAGGGAACACCCCAGCUUGUUCUGCUACAUGA